AUGUCUGAGAGAGGUCGUGGGAAAGCACGAGGACGUGCUGGUAGAGGUGCAGACGGUAGUGGGCAACAACCGAGGCGACCCGGGCAGCAGCCACAGCCUCAAGCUGGGCCCCCACAAUAUCAACCAGGCCCUCCACAACAUCAACCAGGGCCUUCACAACAUCAACCUGGACCCCCGCGUCCUCGACCCCAACCACCAUCAGCUUGGGGCGCUCCGUCUGCAGCUCCUGCUGUUAGGGCGGGUAUGCCUACACCAGCUGCUGGUAGGGCUUCCCACCGGACUACUACAUCAACACAUGAUCACCCAGGAGAUGUUGAUAUUCAACAAAGAAUGACAACUAUGACUAUUAAUCAACCACAGGCAGGAGGCGCAGAGGCUGGAUCAACAGUUGUAGGCCGUGGUUCGCGUAGAGGAGGUGGCAGAGUCUUACCAGAACAAAUAACAGUUUUGCGCACCCGUCCUGAAUCCAUUACUUCCAAAAAAGGUAAAACUGGCACUCCAUUGGAUUUGUGUGCCAAUUACUUCAAUGUAGAGACAACUCCCAACUGGUCUCUAUAUCAGUAUCACGUCGAUAUUCAACCUGAAGAGGAUAGUACUGGUGUCCGUAAGGCUUUGCUGCGUGUUCACCAGAAAACACUAGGAGGGUACUUAUUUGAUGGUACUGUGCUAUACACUGUAAAUAGAUUACACCCAGAUCCCUUGGAACUCUACUCAGAUCGCCACACUGAUAAUGAACGCAUGCGUUUGCUUAUCAAGCUCACCUGCCAAGUUAGUCCAGGAGACUAUCAUUAUAUUCAAAUAUUCAAUAUCAUUAUAAGAAAAUGCUUCAGCAUCCUGAAGCUUCAAUUACUUAACAGAGAUUUUUUUGAUCCAGAUGCAAAAAUUGAUAUUCCGGAGUUCAAACUACAAAUCUGGCCAGGCUAUAAAACCUCUAUCAAUCAAUAUGAGGAUAAACUUCUUUUAGUAACUGAAAUUACGCACAAGAUUCUGCGAAUGGAUACAGUCUGGCAAUUGUUAAAGGGCCUCAUACAUACUAAAGGGAACCAAUUUAAAAAAGACUUUUUGGAAGCAAUUGUUGGAAAGAUUGUUAUGACUGAUUACAAUAAGAAGACAUACAGAGUUGAUGAUGUUACAUUUGACGAGUCACCUAAAUCCACUUUCCGUAUGAAAGAUCAAAAUAUUUCAUACAUAGACUACUAUUAUAAGAAAUACAAUAUAAGAAUCCAAGAUCAUAGUCAGCCUCUGUUGAUAUCCCGUUCUAAGCCCCGCGACAUUCGCGCCGGCAUGCCGGAAUUAGUGUACCUUGUGCCGGAACUGUGCCGUCAGACAGGGCUGACCGACGAAAUGCUUGCGAACUUCAACCUCAUGCGUGCACUCUCUGUGCACACUAAAAUAGGACCCGAUAUGAGGAUUCAAAAACUGCUCAAUUUUAACCGUCGCUUCACACAGAACAAAGAAGUGGUGGCGGAACUUGGCACAUGGUCACUGAAACUAUCAAAUGAUUUGGUCCGCUUUAAAGGGCGCCAACUACCUCCGGAACAAAUUAUUCAGGGUGGGAACAUAAAAUAUUCCGCCGGCAAUACCUUAGAUGGCUGGACAAGGGACAUGAGAUCAAAGAAUUUACUUAAUUUGGCCAAUGUACCUUCGUGGGUCGUCAUAACUCCCGAAUUUCAACGUAGAAAUGCAGAACCUUUUGUGGAGUUAAUCAUGAAGACAGGCAGUGGAGUUGGCUUCAGAAUGCCUAGGCCUGAAAUUGUUACGAUACAGCGAGAAACUGCAAUGGAUUAUGCGAAUAUGUGCGAAAAUGUAAUCGCCAAGAGGAAUCCUGCUAUGAUACUUUGUGUUUUGACCCGCAACAGUGCUGACAGAUAUGAAGCCAUCAAGAAAAAGUGUACUGUAGAUAGGGCAGUGCCCACACAAGUAGUGUGUUCGCGAAACAUGACUAGCAAGUCGGCCAUGUCCAUUGCCACUAAAGUGGCCAUUCAGAUUAAUUGCAAGCUUGGCGGUGCGCCUUGGGCGGUGGAAAUUCCGCUACCCACGUUGAUGGUGGUGGGCUACGACGUGUGCCACGACACACGUUCCAAGGAAAAGAGUUUUGGUGCCUUCGUUGCCACGCUCGACCGCCCCAUGACGCACUACUACUCCAGCGUCAACGCGCACACCUCAGGCGAGGAGCUCAGUGCGCACAUGGGCUUCAACAUGUCGUGCGCUGUACGCAAAUACCGCGAGAAGAAUGGAGUGCUACCAACACGAAUUUUCAUCUAUCGCGAUGGUGUUGGUGAUGGGCAAAUCCCAUAUGUAAAGAGUCAUGAGGUGGCAGAGAUUAAAAAGAAUCUCGACGAGGUAUAUGGUGCAGAGGAGUACAGGAUGGCGUUCAUCAUAGUAUCAAAGAGGAUCAACACCCGCGUGUUUAUCGACACCGGCCGCUCCGGCGAGAACCCGCGCCCCGGCACUGUCAUCGAUGAUGUUAUCACGCUGCCAGAACGAUAUGACUUCUAUCUGGUAUCCCAGAAUGUCCGCGAAGGAACUAUUGCUCCCACUUCAUACAACGUGAUUGAAGAUAAUACUGGCUUGGACCCUGACCGUAUUCAACGCCUGACGUACAAGCUGACGCACAUGUACUUUAACUGCUCGACGCAAGUGCGCGUGCCCUCGGUGUGCCAGUACGCGCACAAGCUGGCCUUCCUCGCCGCCAACAGCCUGCACAACCAGCCCCACUACUCGCUCAAUGAGACUUUGUACUUCCUA